AUGACAACAAACCAAAAAAAGGAGGUGGACGCACCGUACGUGCAGAAGGUCGACGACGUUGAGGGAGGUGAAUUCACACCAACUGUGAAGUCGUACAACAACCAGAAGUUUCUGCGGAGCAGUCAGGGUCGCCUCAUUCGCAUCCUCUGUGAGUUUGAGGAGCCCGCGGGGCGCCUGCGGCGUCACCACAUCCGCUCCACCGUGCUGGUGUUCGGCAGCGCGCGGUCCAUGACGGCGGAGGAGCAUAGGCGGACCGUGCAGAAACACGAGGCCGCCAUCGCGACAGCCACAAGCUCCGAAGAGAGGGCGCGCUGCGAGCAUGAACUGCAGCGUCUCCGCAGCACGCAGUGGAUGUCUGAGUGGAUGGAGGUGGUGCAUGAGCUGUCCCGUAAGGUUGCCGAGUUUGCGUCCGCGGAGAAGUAUCUUGUGAACAACUCUUUCACGCACCUGCCAGAUUACUUUCGUCCGAACCUCAGCGAACUAAACAAGGACGCGUCCAUGACGCUGAUGGAUGAUGAGUUUCACGACCUUGUCGUCACCACCGGCGGUGGGCCUGGUUUCAUGGAGGCGGCCAACAAAGGUGCUGCGUCUGUGCCUGGCACCAAGACAAUGGGGAUGGGUAUUUCACUUCCCUUCGAGAAGGGUCUCAAUCAGUACGUCAGCAACGACCUUGCCUUUGAAUUCCACUACUUUUUUACGCGCAAGUUCUGGAUGAUGUACUCCUGCCGAGCCAUUGUCAUCGCUCCUGGUGGGUUUGGCACAUUGGACGAGAUGUUCGAGCUGCUUACACUGCGCCAAACAAAGAAGAUUCCUGAAAUUCCCAUUGUCCUCCUCUGCUCUAAGUUUUGGAGGAAGGUGGUAAACUGGGAGGCACUCGUGGAGUUCGGGACAGUGUCUAAGGAAGAUGUGACCUCCCUCUGCUUUGCCGAUACCGCUGACGAAGCGCUCUCUUUCAUCAAGAAUUUCUUCGCGCAAAGUGGCCAAUUCUCGUGA